AUCAUGGCUUCCAGCAAAGUCUUUGGUUUGCUUUGCUUGUCUAUGUUUCUAUUGACUCAUAAUUCAGUGUUUGCUUCAUUUGACUAUGGGGAUGCUCUCACCAAGUCCUUGUUGUAUUAUGAGGCUCAACGAUCUGGAAAGUUGCCUCCAAACCAAAGGGUGCAAUGGCGUGGGGAUUCUGGGCUUAAAGAUGGAAGUGAUGCUGGUGUUGAUCUUGUGGGAGGAUAUUAUGAUGCUGGGGACAAUGUCAAGUUUGGAUUUCCCAUGGCAUUCACAAUCACAAUGCUUUCAUGGAGUACCAUAGAAUUCGGGAGCAAACUUGACGCCAAGAGUGAGCUCUCAAAUGCAUUGGAUGCCAUUAAAUGGGGCACUGAUUAUUUGGUCAAAGCACACGCUGCGCCGAAUGUCCUCUAUGGCGAAAUUGGCGAUGGUGAUUCUGAUCAUGAAUGCUGGCAGAGACCCGAAGACAUGACCACGCCGCGGACCACCUUUAAGAUCGACGAGCAGCAUCCGGGAGCUGACCUUGCUGGUGAAACCGCUGCUGCUUUGGCUGCUGCUUCCAUUGCUUUCAAGGAUAAAGACUCUAAGUAUGCGUCUGAACUUUUGACCCAUGCUAAAGAGCUAUUCGAGUUUGCUCGUGAUCACUCUGGUGUUUAUCAGAAUAGCAUUAAUGUAGCAGGAAAAUUCUACUCCAGCAGUGGAUAUGAGGAUGAACUAUUGUGGGCUGCUGCUUGGCUUCAUCGUGCCACCGAUGAAAAAACAUACCUGGAUUAUCUUGGUCAAGCAGGCAAUACUGGUGGUGCAAGAACUGUGUUCUCUUGGGAUGACAAGUUUAUUGGUGCACAAGUCCUUGUUGCAAAGCUUGUGUUGGAAGGCAAGGUGGAGUCUUCAGGCACAUGGAGCCAAUACAAGAGCCAGGCUGAGCAAUUCAUUUGCUCUUGCAUUCAGAAGGGCAACAGCAAUGUGAAGAAGACUCCUGGUGGGUUGUUGUGGUUCUUGCCAUGGAACAAUCUUCAGUACACUUCAACUGCUGUGUUCGUCGCAACUGUUUAUUCUGAAUACUUGAACGCCAAGCAUGCCGCCAUUCAAUGCCCUGGAGGCAUUGUCCAGCCUAAGGAUCUUGCUGACUUGGCCCAAUCACAGGUGGACUAUAUCUUGGGUUCAAACCCCAGUGGCAUGAGUUUCAUGGUUGGAUUUGGAACAAAAUAUCCAACUCAAGUGCACCACAGAGCAGCAUCCAUUGUCUCCAUCAAGAAAGAUGCAGCUCCUGUUUCAUGCAAAGGGGGCUUCGACUCAUGGUUCAACAACAACUCACCAAACCCUAAUGUACUGGAUGGAGCAAUUGUCGGAGGCCCGGAUGAGAAUGAUGCUUACACAGAUUCAAGAUCAAACUACCAAAUGGAUGAACCAGCAACUGUUUCCACAGCUCCACUUGUUGGCGUUCUCGCUAAACUCGCUUGA